ACGCCUCCAGUUUUCCGUUGUUCACGUGAAAAUUAUGAGGUGACUCAGUUCCCGUCGUUUUGUGACGCUGACCCCAGGAGCAGGAGUGGACAGCAGGACACCCGGCAGUCAGGAAUGGAGUCGGUGACCUUUGAGGACGUGGCUGUGAACUUCACCCUGGAGGAGUGGAGUUUGCUGAGUCCUUUCCAGAAGAAUCUCUACAGAUCUGUGAUGUGGGAAACCAUCAGGAACCUGCAUGCUGUAGGACAAAAAUGGGGAGACCAGAACUUUGAAGAGGAUUACAAAAAUCUUGGAAAAUAUCUAAGAAGUCAAAUGGUAGAGAGACUCUGUGAACGUGAAGCAGGCUGUCAAUGGGGAGAAGCCUUCAGCCAGACUCCUGAGAUUGUGAACAAGGAAACUCCUGGAGUAAUGCUAUGUGAAAGCCACAUGUGUGGAGAAGUCCUCGAUGGUCACUUAUCUGUAAAUGUGCCCCUCAGGGAUCACAAUGGACACAAACCAUUCCAGUACCUAGAAUAUGAAGAGAAGCCACAUAAAUGUAGGGAAUAUGGGGAAGCUUUCCAUUCUCCCCAGUGCCUUGAUAAAAAUAAAAGGACUUGUACUGUAGGGAAACCCUAUGAAUGUACGCAAUGUGAUAAAGCCUUCAAGUAUCUCUCUUGUCUUCAAAAUCAUGAAAGUAUUCACACUAGAGACAAACACAAUGAAUGUAAGCAAUGUAGGAAAACCUUCAGGAGACCUGGUGACCUUCAAGACCAUGAAAGAAUUCACACUGGAGAGAAACCGUAUUUAUGUAAGCAGUGUGGUAAAGCCUUCACUCGAUCUAGGUACCUUAAAACACAUACAAGAAGCCACACUGGAGAUAAACCCUUUGUAUGUAAGCUGUGUGGCAAAACCUUCAAACAAUCCAGGCACCUUCAAGGACAUAUAAGAUGUCACACUGGAGAGAAACCUUAUGUGUGUCAGCAGUGUGGGAAAGCCUUCACUUUGUCCAGUUACCUUAAAAUACAUGUAAGAAUUCACACAGGAGAAAAACCCUACUUAUGUAAGGAGUGUGGCAAAGCCUUCACCCAAUGCAGUUCCCUUCAGAAACAUAAAAGAAUUCACACUGGAGAGAAACCUUAUGUGUGUCGACAAUGUGGGAAAGCCUUCACUUCAUCCAGUUACAUUAAAAUACAUGUAAGAAUUCACACAGGGGAGAAACCCUACUUAUGUAAGGAAUGUGGCAAUUCCUUCACCCAAUCCAGUUCCCUUCAGAAACAUAAAAGAAACCUUAUGUGUAUCAACAAUGUGGGAAAGCUUUCAGUUUUCCCCCUCCCUUCAAAAACAUGAAGUAGUUCACACAUAAGAGAAACCCUAUGUGUUAACAAUGUAGAAAACCUUCAGUAAUUACAGCAGCAUUCACAAAUAUGAAAAGACUCACUGAAAAGAAACCCUGUUAAUGUGAUAAAUGUGAAGAAACUGUCAGGUGUUCCAAUUACUUUCGAGUUCAUGAGAGAACUCACAGUUGAGAAAAACCCUGUGUACGAAAUGUAGUAGGCUUUGUCAGCCCCAGUUCCAUUUCAUAGCAUGAGGGAUUGACAGUGGAAAGA